AAAUGGAGGGCCAUGAUCCAAAGGAACCAGAACAGUUGAGGAAACUGUUUAUUGGUGGUCUGAGCUUUGAAACCACAGAUGAUAGCUUAAGAGAACAUUUUGAGAAAUGGGGCACACUUACAGAUUGUGUGGUAAUGAGAGAUCCCCAAACAAAACGUUCCAGGGGCUUUGGUUUUGUGACCUACUCUUGUGUUGAAGAGGUGGAUGCUGCAAUGUGUGCUCGGCCACACAAAGUUGAUGGGCGUGUGGUGGAACCAAAGAGAGCCGUUUCUAGAGAGGAUUCUGUAAAGCCUGGUGCCCAUUUAACAGUGAAGAAAAUCUUUGUUGGUGGUAUUAAAGAGGAUACAGAAGAGUACAACCUGAGAGACUACUUUGAAAAGUAUGGCAAGAUUGAAACCAUAGAAGUUAUGGAAGACAGGCAGAGUGGGAAAAAGAGAGGAUUUGCUUUUGUGACUUUUGAUGACCAUGACACAGUUGAUAAAAUUGUUGUUCAGAAAUACCACACUAUUAAUGGGCAUAAUUGUGAAGUGAAAAAGGCCCUUUCUAAACAAGAGAUGCAGUCUGCUGGAUCACAGAGAGGCCGUGGAGGUGGAUCUGGCAAUUUUAUGGGUCGUGGAGGGAACUUUGGAGGUGGUGGAGGUAAUUUUGGUCGUGGUGGAAACUUUGGUGGAAGAGGAGGCUAUGGUGGUGGAGGUGGUGGCAGCAGAGGUAGUUAUGGAGGUGGUGAUGGUGGAUAUAAUGGAUUUGGAGGUGAUGGUGGCAACUAUGGUGGUGGUCCUGGUUACAGCAGUAGAGGAGGCUAUGGUGGUGGUGGACCAGGCUAUGGAAACCAAGGUGGUGGAUAUGGUGGUGGUGGAGGAGGAGGAUAUGACGGUUACAAUGAAGGAGGAAAUUUUGGUGGAGGUAACUAUGGUGGUGGGAACUAUAAUGACUUUGGAAAUUAUAGUGGACAACAGCAAUCAAAUUAUGGACCCAUGAAAGGGGGCAGUUUUGGUGGAAGAAGCUCAGGCAGUCCCUAUGGUGGUGGCUAUGGAUCAGGUGGUGGAAGUGGUGGAUAUGGUAGCAGAAGGUUUUAAAAAAAACAGCAGAAAAGGGCUACAGUUCUUAGCAGGAGAGAGAGCGAGGAGUUGUCAGGAAAGCUGCAGGUUACUUUGAGACAGUCGUCCUAAAUGCAUUAGAGGAACUGUAAAAAUCUGCCACAGAAGGAGCGAUGAUCCAUAGUCAGAAAAGUUACCGCAGCUUAAACAGGAGGCCCUUCUUGUUCAGGACUGUCAGAGCCACAGUUUGCAAAAAGUGCAGCUAUUGAUUAAUGCAAUGUAGUGUCAAUUAGAUGUACAUUCCUGAGGUCUUUUAUCUGUUGUAGCUUUGUCUUUCUUUUUCUUUUCAUUACAUCAGGUAUAUUGCCCUGUAAAUUGUGGUAGUGGUACCAGGAAUAAAAAAUUAAGGAAUUUUUAACUUUUCAA